AUGGCGGGGCUGGGGGGGCUGCGGGCGGGCGGCACCGGCUGCGUUCCGGCCACCAAGGUGGAGCUGACGGUGUCCUGCAGGCAGCUCCUGGACAAGGACACCUUCUCCAAAUCUGACCCACUGUGCGUCCUCUACACCCAGGGACCGGACACCAAGCAGUGGCGGGAGUUUGGCCGCACUGAGGUCAUCGACAACUCCUUGAACCCCGACUUCGUGCGCAAGUUUGUGCUCGAUUACUUCUUCGAGGAGAAGCAGAAUCUGCGCUUCGACCUGUACGAUGUGGACUCCAAAAGUCCCGACCUCUCCAAGCACGACUUCCUGGGCCAGGCCUUCUGCACGCUGGGUGAAAUCGUGGGCUCAUCCGGCAGCCGCCUGGAGAAGCCACUGACGUGAGCAGGGC